CGCGUGCGCGUUUGUUUGGAUGGUCCAUGUGACACCGAGAAGCAAGAGACACAACCCCCCCUGCCGCUUAAAGUUAACGACUGUGCCGUCAUGGGCAAAAAGGACAAGAAGGAGAAAAAGGUGAAGGGGGUGGAGAAGACAGCGGCCAAGAUGGAGAAAAAAGUUUCAAAGAGGUCCAAACGAGAGGAGGAGGAUUUGGAGGCUCUGAUUGCUGAGUUUCAGAAUCUGGAUGCAACCAAGACCCAAGUUGUAGAGACGACAUCGCCGAGAUUGAGCGCUACUCUCUCUGCCCAUCCCGAGAAAGAGGAGCUCAUCCUGUUCGGAGGAGAAUUCUUUAAUGGAAGGAAGACGUACCUGUACAACGAUCUGUUUUUCUACAACAUCAAGAAGAACAGCUGGGUUAAAUCGGACAUCCCCAAACCCCCUCCGCCCCGCUGCUCCCACCAGGGCGCCCGGUGGUCCACCGGGUCGCAGCGGCCAUCGCAUUGUCCUCAGCAAGAAGCAGCUGUUGGUGUUCGGAGGUUUCCAUGAGAACACAAGGAUUGAGCGGCUGUGGAGAGACUUGUGGGUAGCUGUAACAAGCGUCUAGUACGAUGUUCUCCACUACCUUGAAGAAGAGGGCUUCCUCAGCAUCGACACCGCUACACACCUCUUCUGCUGCCACCUUGUGUUCCUCCCACGCCUGCAGGAUGACCUCAAUACUUUUCGCAGUGGUUGGGACAAUCAUUCGAUAAGAACUGAGAGCCAGAUGACCCCUAACCAGUUGUGGGUGCACAUCACCCAAUUCCUGGGCCAGAUAACACAGAGGAUAUGGACAUUCCAGAAAUCGAGUGGGAAAACAGUGGACUUCCCCAUGAUGACCACUCAAGCAUCAUUGUCCCAGAUGCAGAUUGCCCACUGACUGAUGAACAAAUGACAUCUUUAGGAGAUGCAGUUAACCCAAGAGCUGCAUCCCAGUCCUUUGGCUGUGAUAUUUACGUUGCUACUGUUCAGUUCUGUGAGCAAUUUCUUUCUCUGUAAAAUAACUGAAUUGAGAGUUGCACAGAGACAUAAACCCACACUCAAAUAAACCAAAUGGAUGUUGUCAAAGCUUU